CGUGUCAGAUGGCUUCCACUGUAAACAAGGGUUUGGUUUACCCCAAAUAGAUUGAUCCUUGCUGUAAAAACAUGUGCAUAUAUUUUUUGCACAGUUUCCCAUCAAAUUCAACACGAAUGCUUUAUAAAUAGCAUAUGUCUGAUUUGUUAAACUGAAGCUGAUGCAGUCUAGAAUUACGAUGAAUUUUGGUUCCAAAAGCAAGAAGCGGAUGGUUCUACCGACCCGACCCGAACCGCCUACAGUGGAGCAGAUCAUGGAGGAUGUGAACCGAGCCUAUCCCAACGAUCCAGUCUUCACUGUUUUGCAAGAUUCUGUUGAAGAUUUGAAGGGCAGUUCCAGCUGCAGAGAAGUGGAGGCGAGAUACCUGCAGAGCAGGCGCUACAUAGAGGUGCAUGAGCAACUCCAGGAGGCACGCAGUGAUCUUGCACGGCAGAGAGACGAGCUGCAUGCAACCGGAGAGUCUUUGGAAAGAAAUGUGACUGAGGUGAAGACAUCGCACAGGGGCCCGAAGCAAGCACAAAUCUGAAUUUAUGAACCUGAGAUUUUUGUAUUCACUGGUUGAUGACUGGCCAUGUCCCUAGUGAAAGCAAAAUGGUGAUCAAUAUCAACAGAAGAAUCGUGAAUGUUCUUCAUAAUGGAUGUAUGGUGAAUAGACGUUAAUUUAUGCAGAUUUUUUUAUGUUUGGAGUACAACCCACUGAACAGACUGUACAAUCUCUCACAGAUUUGUUUACAUUGGCACAGAUUUGUUUACAUUAAAUAUGGCUUGUACCCUAACAAUGGUCCAUGGUCUGUGCAAAAAUUCUUCAUUUUAUAUGAAAGUGUAAUUUGAUCUGAAGGUCUUACAUCCCUUAAAUCAUUCAACUCAAUAAAAUGCAAUCUAGACACAGGCUUUAUGAGAAUGUUUAUUCGAGGACUCCUAACCCUUGGCCACGGCUGUUAAACUGUUAAAACAACAUUUUGAACCCAAUUCAUACUUCGACAAGACCCCCCUCCAAAUCAAAUCAAAGAUCAAAAUGUGUUUAGCAUUAAAUCAAUGUUUAUUAGAAUUAGGUUUAUGUUGAAAUGUUUAGAAGAAUGGUAAUGUUAUAGUUUAUAGCAAGUCAUAUUGCUUUAUCCAGACCAACACUGUUAAGGAACAUCAUUACACUAACCACUGUAACUGGUCAAUUUCAAUAUUUUAUUAUUAGACCAGUGUCUUCUCUCUGAAAAACAGUUGAUAUUAGCGAGCACAUCCAAAAUGUAUUUCCCUGUAUCAGAAUGUUCAAGGAAACAAUAGAGAAUGCAUGUUUUCUGAGUAAAAGUGACAAAUUCAGUUUCAGCUGCUAUAUUACAGUUAAAAUGAAAUUCAUGUAAAUACUGCACCUCACCAAAUAAAUCACCA